AUGUAUUUUCGUUGUCGGCUUUACUUUUUCUUGUUCUUCUUUCCCUUCUUGAUGUUAUCUUUAUUUAUUUAUUCUCUUUUUUUUUUACUUCUUUCUUUCUUUUUUGGCUGUUCCACAUGUCAAAGGGGGGAAGGGGAGGGGGGUGUGGCCGCGAACGUUGGUUCCUGUACGGUCCUUGGCCCCGUUGGUUGCACACGGCUAGCAGGCCAUCCGGGCCAUCCAAAAUCGAGUUUUCGAUCAGGAACAUCCGGUAGAGAGAGAGAGUCAGUCAUCUCGAUUUGUUUUUGUUUUUGUUUAUAUUUUUAUUUUUUGUUUCUUCCCCUCCCGCCCCCCAUUGAGUCCCUUCUUGUUCUUUCUUUCUAGACUUUUGGCGUCGUGUCGCGCCUUGUACCUCGAGCCGGCGGGGCGUAGGCCGUCUUUAGUUGAGCUCAGGAACCUAAACCCCCCCCCCCCCCCCCCAUAUGCCCUCGACGAGUGACGAAGACGGCGUCCUUGGCUUACCUAAAUGGCGUUUUUUUCUUUCU